AUGGAUUGGCAGCUUCCGAACGAUCUCGGCCGUGUGGACGAGCCGGAGACGGACCGCAGCUCCCGACUGCACGGCCUGCGGCUGGGCCUGACGGAGCGGCUGCUGGAGUACCUGCCGAUGGUGCGGCUGGUCGGCGGCGUGCGCGCCAUACCUUACCUCCAGGUGCUGCUGAUGCUGGCCUCCGACCUGGACGGCUCGGACGAGCGCGACCGCGCCUGCCUGGACGCCCUGCUACGCGCGCUGGUGGCGCAGCUGAAGACGGACGGCGCGCCGGCGGCGGCGCACGAGCGCAGCAGUGACGGCGAGAUCCGACUCAUCAUCAUGCGCAUGCUCAGCGUGCUGAUGUCGCGGCCCAAGCAGAUGGGCCGCCACGGCGGCGACGGCUGGGCGUUCACGGCCACGGCCACGGCCGCCGCGCUGCUCAAGGCCGACAUGAUCGGACACUGCCUGACCACGCUCAAGGCGCUCAUCGCCUACUGGAAAACGAGCGACAAGGACGACUCUGGCACGGUGGUGGGUGGCAAGCUGCUGAAGGAGCACCCGCUCUCCCCCACUCCCGACAUGUCGCCCUUCUUCCUCAAGGAAUACGUCAAGCGCUACUCUGCGGACGUGUUCUCCACCUUCUCGCAGCUGUUGACCGAGAUGGUGCUGCGGCUGCCGUACCAGGUCAAGAAGGUGCUCAGCGUCGUGCCCGGCUCCAACGUCGACGUUUUCGGCGAGAAUUGGCGCCAGACGCUGUGCGAGUACAUGAUGGCGCCGCUGGCGCCGUUCGUGCGGCGCCAGGUGCGCAAACUGCUGCUCUACAUCUGCGGCAACAAGGACACAUACCGCCAGCUGCGCGACCUGCAUGCGCUCGACGCGCACAUCAAGGCGGUGCAGUCGCUGUGCGGGGAGAGCGCCGGCUCACCGGAGGGAGGCGCCCUGCUCUGCCUCUCGUACGACUCGCUCAUCGAGCUGGUGGAGCACCUGAAGGCGUGCCAGGAGAUCGCCAGCACGCGCACAGUGAACUGGCAGCGGUUCUGCGCCGGCCGGAGCGAGGUGCUGGCCUUCCUGCUGCAGGCCAGCUACCAGCUGGACGAGGGCGUGGCGCCCAUCAUCCUGCAGCUGCUGCAGCUGGCCGUGUCGGCGCCGGCCGCGGCCGCCGCCGGCGCCGGCGGGAAGCACGCUCAGUCGUCGAGCGACUCGGACCCGUCUUCGAUGAGCCGCCAGCUGGCGCGUCAGCUGAUCGGGCCGGGGCCGCUGCCGGCCGGCACGGCUCGCUUCGUGCGCACCUUCCUGCUCGAGAGCAACGCCACCGCCAUCCGCUGGCAGGCGCACGCGCUCGUGCUGAGCAUCUACAGGAGCGCCACCUCGGCCGACAAGGAGGCGCUGGUCGAGCUGAUGUGGAAGCUGUGGCCGCUGCUGCCCUCGUACGGACGCAAGGCCGCCCAGUUCGUCGACCUGCUCGGCUUCAUGUCACUGAAGACCACCGAGGCCGAGGAUAAGGUGUCGGCCUACAUGGAGCACGCCAUGGAGAUGCUGCGCACGCAGAACCAGCAGCUGGCCAACCACGCCAACGGCCAGCUGUACGCCGGCUUGGCGGCGCUGGUCGAGUUCGACGGCUACUACCUGGAGUCGGAGCCGUGCCUGGUCUGCAACAAUCCGGAGGUGGCCUACUCGCAGCUCAAGCUCUCAGGCGUCAAGGUGGACUCGCGCUACACGACCACCACCCAGCUGGUGAAGCUGGUCGGCUCGCACACCAUCAGCCGCGUCUUCCUGCGCAUCGGCGACCUGAAGCGCAGCAAGAUGGUGCGCACCAUCAACGUCUACUACAACAACCGCACCGUCCAGUCGGUGGUCGAGCUCAAGAACCGGCCGUCCAUGUGGCACAAGGCCAAGAAGGUGUCGCUGUCGGGCGGCCAGACGGACGUCAAGGUCGACUUCCCGCUGCCGAUCGUGGCCUGCAAUCUGAUGAUCGAGUACGCCGACUUCUACGAGAACAUGCAGGCGUCCUCGGAGACGCUUCAGUGUCCGCGCUGCAGUGCCUCGGUGCCCGCCCACCCGGGCGUUUGCGGCAACUGUGGGGAGAACGUGUUCCAGUGCCACAAGUGCAGAGCCAUCAACUACGACGAGAAGGAUCCGUUCCUGUGCAACGCCUGCGGCUUCUGCAAGUACGCCAAGUUCGAGUACACGCUGACGGCCAAGCCGUGCUGUGCUGUGGACCCGAUUGAGAGUGAGGAGGACCGCAAGAAGGCCGUCGUUAACAUCAACGGCCUGCUGGAACGCGCCGACAAGAUCUACAAGAAGCUCAUGUCCUACAAGCCCACGCUGGAGGCGCUGCUGGCCUGGGUGAACGACCACGGCGGCGAGGUGACGUCGGCGGCGGCGGCGGCGGCAGCGGCGGCCACCGAGCUGGCGGCCGGCGCCGCCGGCAGCCAUGUCAGCCGGCCCAUACAGCAGCUGGCGCUCAAGUACUGCAGCGACUGCCGGCUGGCGUUCGACGACCUGAGCAAGGUCAUCCAGAAGGUGCUGGCGUCGCGCCGCGAGCUGCUCCGCUACGACCGGCAGGCGCAGGAGGGCGCCGGCGCCGCCGCCGCCUCGGCGCCCGUCUUCUGUCAGGAGACGGCCAGCCACGGCCGCUGCUACGGCUGCAGCAGCGCGUCGGCCGAGUGUUGCGUGACGCUGCUGCGCGCGCUGGCCACGAACCCGCGGCUGCGCGUCACGCUCUGCAGCUACGGCCUGAUCCCGCAGCUGCUGGAGCACAACCUGCGCCGAGGCACGCCCCAGAGCCGUGGCGAGGUGUGCCAGCUGCUCUGCCUGCUCACCAAGGACAACCUGUCGGCCACGCUGGAGCUGAACGAGCUGAUCACGAGCCGCGUGCGGCUGGCGCUCUCCAGUGCCAUGACCUCCGCCGGCGUGGCGGCCGCCGUGCGCCACGAGAUGGCGCUGCUCAGCGCCGCCGUCCAGAAGGAGGACUCGUGCUGGGAGCACCGGCUGAGGUGUGUGGUUCGCAUCUUCAUGAUGGCCGGCAAGGAGCACAAGAACCCGGUGGUGAUCGAGUCUGUGACGCUGCCCUGCCUCAAGAUCCUGCAGGGCGUCAUGCAGCCGCCGACAGCCACCGCCGCCGCCGCCGCCGCCGCGCCGCAGCCGGGCACCUCCGCCGGUGCGGCCGCCGCCAAGCCGGCGUCCACGUCCGUCACGGCCGGCGAACAAUCGGAGGUGCACCUGAACGCCGCGCGCUGGCUGGAGCAGGCGCCCGGACACUCCUUCGACGCCUGGAGGUCGCGCAAGGUCAAGCGGGGCCGGGAGCCUGCCAAGGGCGCCUCGAGGGCGGAGGUACGCGCCCUGUUUCUGAUGGAGAAGUACGGCCGACGCUGGCGGCAGCGCACCACCCAAUCGGCCAUCGCCGUCAACUUCCUGGACACGUCGUGGCUGCGGCGGGUGCUGUUCAGCCCUAGUUCGCGCCAGGCCCGCCAGGUGGCAGCCGAUAUGGUGGAGACGCUGGCGCACGAGCCGGCCAGGAAGCGCAGGAUCCUGGACAUGCUGGCCUCCUACCUGGGCGACGUCAGCGAGGCCGGCGAGACGGCCGCCGAGUUCAUCGGCCUGUACCAGAAGCUCAUCAAUGCCAACCACUGGAAGUACUACCUGACGACCAAGGGCAUCCUGGGGCUGCUGGCCGACCUCAUCACCAAGGAGAUCGAGAGCCUCAACAAGCUGGAGGAGACGACUCUCAACAGUGAUUUGUCUCAGGGGUACGCGCUGAAGGAGCUGACGGACCUGCUGGCCUCCUUCCUGGAGCUGGAGAGCGUGCGCAGCCGGCACAAGGCGCGCCUGCUCGGCACCGUGCUGCACGGAUACCUCUCGCUGCGCCGGCUGGUCAUCCAGCGCACCAAGCUGGUGGACGAGACGCAGGAGCGCCUGCUGCAGCUGCUGGAGGACAUCACGUCCGGCACCGAGGCGGAGACGCGCCGGUUCAUGGCCAUCUGCGUGGAGACGGUGGCGCGCUACGGCCGCGGCGACGUGCGCACGCCCGUGUUCAUCUUCGAGCGGCUGUGCUCCAUCAUCGAGCCGGAGGUGAACGAGAUCGGGCCGUUCCUGCUCAGCCUGGAGAAGGACCCGCAGCAGGAGGACUUCCUGCAGGGUCGGAUGGUGGGCAACCCGUACCCGUCGACCGACGCCGGCAUGGGCCCGCUGAUGCGUGACGUCAAGAACCGCAUCUGCCGCGACUGUGAGCUGGUCGCGCUGCUCGAGGACGACACCGGCAUGGAGCUGCUGGUCAACAACAAGAUCAUCUCGCUGGACCUGCCCGUCAAGGAGGUGUACCGCAAGGUGUGGCUGCCGUCGGCCAGCAGCGACACGGAGCCGAUGCGGAUCGUGUACCGGAUGCGCGGCCUGCUCGGAGACGCCACCGAGGAGUUCAUCGAGUCGCUGGAAACUAAGACGGACACGGAUCGCGACGACGAGGAGACCUACCGCAUGGCCAACGUCAUGAGCGACUGUGGCGGCCUCCAGGAGCUGCUGCGCCGGAUGGAAUACAUCGACGACCUGCAGCGGUGCCGUCCGCUGCUGACCGUGCUGCUCCGGCUCACCGGGCUCUGCAUCAAGACCAAGCGGAACCGGACGGCGCUGACGCGGCCGGAGCUGCGCGCCGUGGCCGUCAUGCUGCGCCUGCUGGCGCUCUGCCUGCGCGCCGACCCGGAGCUGGUGGCCGGCCCGCCCGGCGGGCCCACCGUCACGCAGCAGCUGCUUGAGAUCAUGGCCGUGGUGCUGGCCGAGGCGACGUCGCUGGACCUGGACGUGUACCGUCGGUUCGCCACCACCUGCGGCUCGGUGGACGAGAUCCGGCUGCUGCUGUCGCACGUGAACACGGCCCAGAGCAAGGGCGCCGGCGCGCUGCUGCAGCAGCUGAUGCGCGUGCUGCCCUUCCUGACGUUCGGCUCGCAGGAGAAGAUGCGCCUGCUCAUCGACCACUUCCAGCCGGUGCUGGACUUCGACGAGCUGGAUGCGCAGCACACGGCCGAGGCGGCGGCGCAGCUCGAGUCGCUCUGCGCGCUCACUGCCGGCAUCGAGACCAACUGCAUGGGCAACCAGCUCAAGGACAUGUUCGUCGAGGCCGGCGUGGUGGAGCGCGCGCUGGCCUAUCUGCGCGAUCACGCGCCGCCCGGCAAGAAGGCCCUGCUCAACACCAACGACGAGCAGUGGAAGAGCUUCCUGGCGCGGCCGGCGCUCAACUACGUGCUGCGCGUGCUGGCCGGCCUGGCCACCAAGCACGAGCCGACCCAGCUGGCGGUGGCGGCUGAGAGCAUCCCGAUCAUCCACCGGCUGGAGCAGGUGUCGUCCGACCAGCACGUCGGCUCGCUGGCCGAAAACCUGCUGGAGGCGCUGCGCACCAACCGCCAGGUGGCCACCAAGAUCGAGCAGGUGCGCAAGCAGACGCGGCAGGAGAAGAAGCGGCUGGCCAUGGCCAUGCGGAAGCACCAGCUGGGCGCGCUCGGGAUGCGCGCCAACGACAAGGGCCAGGUGGUGAUCAAGUCGUCGGUGCUGCGCCAGCUGGACGACAUCAGCGACGAGCAGGGCCUGACGUGCGUCAUCUGCCGUGAGGGCUACAAGUUCCAGCCCACCAAGGUGCUGGGCAUCUACACGUACACCAAGCGCUGCCCGCUGGACGACGCCGAGCCCAAGCAGCGCAAGACGAUGGGCUACACGACCGUGACGCACUUCAACCUGGUGCACGUGGACUGCCACAUGGCGGCGGUGCGGCUGGCGCGCGCGCGCGACGAGUGGGAGUCGGCGGCGCUGCAGAACGCCAACACCCGCUGCAACGGCCUGCUGCCGCUCUGGGGGCCGCAGGUGGCCGAGUCGGCCUUCGCCCACUGUCUGGCGCGCCACAACACGUACCUGCAGGAGAGCACCGGACACCGUGAUGUCGGAUACCAGACGACCGUGCACGACCUGAAACUGCUGCUGCUGCGCUUCGCCCAGGAGCGCAGCUUCAGCGACGACUCUGGCGGCGGCGGGCCGCAGAGCAACGUCUACAUCAUCCCCCACCUGAUGCACAUGGCGCUGUACGUCAUCAACAGCACGCGCAUCGGGCAACGCGAGCUCAAGAACGUGACCACGCAGCUGGAGGCGACCGCCGACCGCUGGGUGGAGACGAGCUUCGAGCCGGACGGGCCGCUCUUCUGGCUGGCCAUGGCGCCGCUGGUGCUGGCCGCGCUGACGGAGCGCGCGCCGCAGUCGUUCGCCGUGUACCGGCCGUACCUGAUCUUCUUCGGCCUGGUGGACGGGCUGUACGGCACCGUACUGGCACGCGCGCCCGCCGACGGCGACUGGUGCGCCGCGCUGGCCGAGUACAUCCGCCACCACGAUCAGCAGCUGCUGGAGGCGUGCGACCGGCUGCUGCGCGCCUACCAGCAGGAGAUGCUGCCGUGCGCCUCGCUGCAGGAGAUGUUUGACGUGCUGGGCGUGCUGGCCGAGACGGGCGAGCCGGACGCCUUCCUGCGCGACGCCCUGCAGCAGGUGCCCUGAGCGCCGACGGCUGGCCGGCCGCAGCGGCGAGCCCGGCGUCUGCCUGCGAGCGUGCGCUGUGGCGGCGGUCCGUCGU